GGAGCCGGGCCCGGCCGUGUAGGCGGCAGGUUAUAUCAGCGCUGCGGCCGGCAGGGCCGGUAGUGACCGGCGGGCGGCGCGCACCGAGGGCCGCUCCGCCCUCUGUCCACCCGGUCACUCCGACGGCGCAACGUGCGCUCCUCCGCUCUGAGAGUCCAUCGGAGUCCGCGGACUCAGCCGGGCGACUGAGCGUGCUGUGGGACUCUGUGUGAUUCGGUGAAGAUUGUUAAAAGUGCGUCAGUGCGGAUUUGCUGAAAAUUGCGGUUCUCAGUGAUUGAGCUGGACUCCAAAGGACCGUUUUCGUGGAGAUUUUGUUGUGACUGAACAAGUCGUCACCAAUCAUCUAAACCAAAGAUGCGAUUACGGCAGCUGGCGUGUCUGCUGGCGCUGUCGGCGGCGGUGGGCGGCUCGCCCGCGCCGUCCGCCGCCCCCGCCCCCGCCCCCGCCCCCGCCCCGGGCCGGUGGCGGUUCGAUGAGGCGGUAGCCGGCGGCGGCACGCGGCAGGCGCGGCGGAUCGCCCCUCCGUCGUCCGAUUCCGUAAACAUCCUCCGGCCGGCGCCUGAGACGACCACCACACCGGCGCCGCGCGUCACCAAGAAACUGGUGACGCUCGCGCCGGGAGGAAAUAGCAUCCAGGACAUCCUCUUCAACAACGGCUACCGCGACAGUCCGGCAGACGCCGAGCCGGCCGUCAACAACAUCGACGACGAGAGGAACUUGGACGGCCUGGCGCGGAAGGACGUGUGGCUGCUGGACGGAAACCUGCUCGUGCUGAAGGGCGGCGCCUUCUCCGGCGGGUUCACAGACACGGAGCCGCUGGACGACUACCAGGCGCCGUACCGACAGCCCAAGUUCCCGCCGCUCGAGUUCCUGGGUGUUGACGAGCUGCCGCCGGACCUGCUGGCCGCCUGGCAGUUUGGGUUCCCCGGCCUGGACGGCCUGUUCGAGGCCCGGCCGCCGGCGCUGGGUCCGGAGGGCACUCGGGGGUACUCCCCGUACGGCCGGCCCGAGUCGCGGCUGGAGGAGCCGGAGUCGGUGGCCGGGCCGCACUCCAACGUCGGAGCGCAGCCGUACGACGGAGGGGAGCCGUACCCGCCGGGUCAGCCGCAUACCGACUCACAGCCGUAUGUAGACGAAAAACCCUACACCUACGAACAGCCGUAUGUUGAUGGAACACCGUACACCAGCGCGGAGCCGUACACGGAUGAAAACCCUUACACCAGCGCGGAGCCAUACCCGGAGGAAACCCCCUACACCAGCGCGGAGCCAUACUCCGACGGAAAACCCUACACCAGUGACGAGCCGUAUGUCGACAUCCAGAAAUACAAGGACGGUCAAUCAUACGCCGAGGUCCCCUACACAGACAGUGGGCUUCACGAGGGCGAAAAACCCUACGAAGAGCCAAGUGAACCUGUAAACCCGGAGUUGAUGAAGGGCUACAGCCCUCUGGGCCGACCCGAGCCGCGGCCAGACAGUCUCUACGAGACGCCCAGGAUCGAAUCGCUCCCGGAGUCCCAGAUCCGGAUAUCGCCGGAGGGUCGGCCCGGGUUCGGUCCGGAGUCCACACCACAGCCCAUCCAGCCACAGAACGGGCAGAGCUACGGCGUGCGACGGCACACGGCUGUCGGGGGCGGCGGGAGGGUGCGGUUCCCAGACGAGCCCUUAGAGGCCGCCCAGCCGCCGUCCUCCGAGGCAGCCCGGAUCGGUGCCACGCGCACACGGACGUACUCGGUACGCACGAGCUACUCGAGUACGUCAUCGCAGUCAUCUACCUCUGUGCGGGGGCAUAACGCGCGAUACCUACCCCCGCCGGGCAGUCAGCGCGGCCCCAGUCCCCGCUGAGACCGGCACGGGACCUGAGAGAACCUCGUGAAUUAGCACGGGCAGGACCAAACGAGUCGGGCAGCUUGUCAAGAGCGUUCGACAGACUCAGUCAUUUGCCACGCUCGGCUGGAGCCUGGAAGUAGUAUGGAUCGGUGUGCGCCGUUCUCACCAACUCUGGCGAAAAGGAGUCUGUUCACCUGUUAUUGCCCGCAUCGCACGGGAGCACUAACCCACUCGGCACAGUCCAGUUACAAGCCGUCCACUCUGGCGCUGUCGACCUGUCAGUGCCGUCCCGUGGUGACCUGACCCUGCUCAAGUUUGCCGUCCAGCCCCGUCCUGAGCGGUGCGUUCGGCUCACCCGCGCCAUCGGACCGGUGAUCUCAGCCAGCCGGGUAGUGAGUCAGUGACCAGCACCCCGUGAGCUCGUGAGGGCGGGCACAGUCGCCGCGCCGUCCGGCCACUGCUACAGGGUCUGCGGGCGGUCCCAGCGACCUCUGAAUGCCCCGACUGCGCGCUCGUUCGGCCGCUAUACAAGGCAUUGCUGCUGUCACAAUAUUGUUGUUGUAUGUAUGUUUGUAUGUUUGUACAAUGUGGCACUGUAAAUAGGCACUUGUUACUCAUCGUGCAUAAAGUUGUGUCUUGUAUCGAAUAAAUAAUCGUGUUUAU